CACCAGGCGUCGCGCCGCCUACUGAUGGCACUCGCCGGGACUCCCCGGAGGAAGGGGGGGCACAAGUCGCUCUUGCGUUCUAGGCUCCAUUUCUCGCUUGCAGCGUUGGCUUCAUUCCAUACAGGAUAGCUAUUUCAUCUGGCUUUGUCCCUCUCGUCCGUCCCUUUUGGUAUGCUAUGGCGUACACCACCGAAGACACCGGGCAGUGUGAUGCCCUGCCGCCACCAGACCAUCCCUCCCGCUUCACGGAUUGUAGACCUCCUUAGCUGUACCCCUGAAUCCUCGUAUAUCCCUACUCCUACAUCCGCGCAAUGCCAUCCCGAAUCCGCUCGGCUUCCCCUCGCCAUAAUGGCAUCACCAAGCUGACCAACUGCCGUCUGCUACGCGGGGAUGAGCUGGUGUGGGACGACGUCUGGGUCAGCUCGGUCACGGGCACCAUCAUCCGCAGCCAGUCGGCCUUCUACGAUGAGCUCAUCAUGCCGGAUGAGGUCGUCGACCUCGGCGGCCGCAUCGUGUCGCCGGGCUUCAUCGAGUGCCAGCUGAACGGCGCCUACGGCUUCAACUUCUCCACCGACGCCGACGACAUGGCGCAAUACGCAAAGCAGCUGCGCGACCUGAACAAGAAGCUGGCCCAAACGGGCGUGACUUCGUACAUUCCCACCGUGACGAGCCAGGCUAGCCAGCUCUACAAGAAGGUCCUGCCCUAUCUCGGCCCCUCCGGAGCCUCCCGCCGCGCCCACGACGGCGCCGAGUCCCUCGGAGCUCACGUCGAAGGCCCAUUUCUGAACCCGUCCAAGAACGGCGUGCACAACCCCUCCAUCCUGCGCGUCGCCUCGUCGUUCUCCGAUCUGGAAGACAUGUACGGCGCCGCGAACAUCACCCCGUCCUCCUUCUCAUCCUCAGCGUCCGAACCCCCAGAUUCGGCCAGCAGCAGUGGUAGCAUCCCCGUCAAAAUGAUCACGGCCGCGCCCGAGCUCGGCGCCAUGACCAGCCUGAUCCCGGCCCUCGCCGCGCGCGGCAUCAUCGUCUCGAUCGGCCACUCCGAGGCCACGUACGAGGAAGCGUCGGCGGCCGUCUCGGCCGGCGCGACCAUGAUCACGCACCUCUUCAACGCGAUGCGCCCGCUGCACCACCGGAACCCGGGCAUCUUUGGCGUGCUGGGCGUGCCCGAGCCGCAGCAGCAGCCACCGCAGUCACAGCAGCCACAGCAGCACAGACGGCGGCCCUACUUCGGCCUCAUCGCCGACGGCAUCCACCUGCACCCGGCGACGGUCAAGAUCGCGUGGCACGCCCACCCGGCCGGCCUGAUCCUGGUGACGGACGCGAUGCACAUGGUCGGCCUGCCGGACGGGCGGUACCCCUGGACCAACGGCGAGGGCGAGCACUUCAUCGUCAAGCGCGGCAACGUGCUCGAGCUGGAGGGCACCGGCGGCACCAUCGCGGGGAGCUCCACAACGCUAAUCGAAUGCGUGAACAACUUCCUGCACUGGACCGGCGCCAGCAUCCCGCAGGCGCUGCGCACCGUGACCGCCACGCCGGCCGCCAUGCUGGGCGUGCAGACCAGAAAGGGCUGCCUGGACGCCGGCGCCGACGCCGACCUGGUCGUCCUGUCCGAGCGGCAGGUGCUACGCGAGGGCGAGAAGGAUGGGGCGGGGGAGGCGGCGGGGAUGGCCCGGACCGAGCUCGUGGUGGACGAGGUGUGGAAGUUUGGCGUGCGCAUCUUUGAGCGCGGCCGUGCUUGAUUGAACCGGCGGACGGGGGUGCGGUAGGGAAGGUAGGGACAUUAGUUAGGGCAGCGAGCGGGCAUGGAGGGAAGGAUUUUAGUUUUGUUUUGUUUGGUUGGUAACUACUGAUAGAUGGAAAGAAUACCAGAUUGUCGCGCUCGGGUUAUGUGUUUAUGUUUAUAGAACGUCCAGGCAUCUCAUGUCUGGACCGCAUGGAGGAACGAUUGA